AUGGAGCCGACGACGAAUGCUAACGGCAAUAGGAGUCCGGCGAAGAGUCCAUCUAGGAGUCCUAACUCGAUGGCCGAGUUGUGGGACGGAGGGGAGAUACCUGAGCUGAGCAGCGGCGGCAGCGGCGGCGGCGGCGGCGGCGGUGCGAGGAAAUGUAAGGCUCGGCCGCGAUCGCUAGCGAUGCAGCGCAAGUGUCACAGCACGUCAGACAUCUCCGAGGCGGAUCUCAGGUUCAUACAGGAGCGAGAUGAGAAGGAGAUGCAUGAGAACAUAUUCAUGGUGAACGAAGAAACCACGUCGCUCGUAUUCUCGCUGAAGAACCAAGUCGGCGGUCUAGCCAGAAUUCUGCGUGUAUUCCAGAAAUUUGAAAUCAACGUUGUACACAUCGAGUCGCGGUACUCCACACGGCUGGACUCGGAGUACGAGAUCUUCAUCAGCAUAGCAUCCGACAAGGCCAAGUUCAACAAUCUCAUCAAGGAUAUACAGAACGAAGUGACGUCACUGACCAUACACGGCGUCAAACAGAAGAUACCAGCGACACCUACAAUCGCUGAAUCAAACAAUCACUUUGAAUUCGUGGAGGGAAUGGUGUGGUUCCCAAAAAAGAUAUCGGACCUCGACCACAGCGCCACCAGGGUGCUGACAUACGGAGCCGAACUAGAUGCUGAUCACCCGGGAUUCAAAGAUCCGGUUUAUCGCCAAAGACGCAAAUACUUCGCCGAUGUUGCUCUUGACUACAAACACUAUAAUCCUAAACCUACCAUAUGAUUCACCAAGCAAGAGGUUGAAAGCUUGGGCACUAUCUUCUCGGAACUGAAAGACCUGUACGCGAAGUACGCAUGCGCAGAGCAUCUGGGGAUGCUGUCACUGCUCAUGAAGGAUUGUGGCUACAGAGAGAACAACGUGCCUCAACUAGAGGACGUCUCCACCUUUCUAAAAGCGAUGCUUCCACAACUGUUGGACCACGCGCCCGCUACUGCAGCGGCAUUCCCAGUUCGCGAGUUCUCCAAGGAAGCUGAUCUCUCGCCUCCCUCGGCUCUCGCACGAGAAGUGCAGAACCUCGCCGUGCACGUGAUGACCGACAAGAUUAAGCUGCUGAAGUUCGAUGCUAACGAGGUGGUCAACCAGGAGCCGAUGAUCACCACCUUCCAGGAGGUCUACUUCUACACGGACAGCUUCGAGGAUGCGAAGAAGCAGAUGAGGCAGAUGGCAGCAACCAUCUCCAGGCCGUUCGGACUUCGCUACAACCCGUACACGCAGAGCGUAGACGUGCUCAGCACGCCAGAGAAGAUCGCCUCGGUCGUCAGCGAGCUUCGAGGAGACCUCUGCAUCGUCAGCGACGCCCUGAAGCGGAUAAACGAGAGCUCGGAUCAGGGAAGCGACGAGAGCGCCACCGAGGAGGCCGUGAAGAAACUACUCAAGCAGCUGUCGAUGGACGACAAACAACUGAGUCAGCAGCUGGCUUGAUGCGAGGCGAGAAUGCAGGAGCGCAGCAAGAAGCCAUGAACAACUUGUCAGGCUGAUCAGAUUGAGAGAAAGGGAGAGAUGGGAAGGAAAGGAUAGAGAGGCAAAUGAGAGAAAUAGAAA